AUUGACAGAUAAUUUUCUUGUGGUGCCGAUGCCGACGUCCCACACAAAUCAUCCGAAUUCGUUUUGGAUUAUUUUACUAUUUUGUGUUUAAAUUGAUCGAAUUUCUUAAUUGAAAAUAAACAAUAAGUGUAUACACUAUGGCUUUGCCAGCAAAUUAUAAACAAAUUGCACUCAAUUUACCCUCAGGGCCUAGUGGAUCUGGUGGUCAUAUGCAGUCGUCUGCCGUUCCCGCAUCGUUCAACAUUCUUAAAGAAAGGCUCAGAGCGUCUGGCGGUGGAAGUAGUUCCGAGAGGAAUAAAGAUACCACACCGAUUUUUACGCACAGUAAUCAUGGGAAUCCGGCAUUUACUCCACAGAAGACUGGAAAAUCAUCAAAAAAUCAAACUGAAUCUCGAGCUCCAAAACCUCCUAAACCACCAGAGAAACCGAUUUUACCAUAUAUGCGCUAUUCGAAGAAAGUUUGGGACAGUGUGAAGUCAGCUAAUCCUGAACUCAAGUUAUGGGAACUUGGCAAGAAAAUCGGAUCGAUGUGGAAAAAUGCAACAGAUGCAGAAAAACAAGAAUUUAUUGACGAAUAUGAAGCUGAAAAGGUUGAAUAUGAAAAAGCCCUGAAGGCUUACCACAAUUCACCAGCGUAUUUGGCUUUCAUUGCAGCUAAAAACAAAACUAAACCUGCUAACCCAGACACUGAUGUCCAUGAGACUCCAUCACGUUCAAGUGGCAAAGGACAACAGGAACGUAGAAUUGACAUUCAACCGGCUGAAGAUGAGGAUGAUCAAGACGAUGGUUAUUCCUUUAAACACGUGGCCUAUGCCCGUUUCCUACGAAAUCAUAGAUUAAUCAAUGAAAUAUUUUCGGAUGCGGUUGUUCCUGAUGUUCGUUCGGUUGUCACUACGCAUCGGAUGCAAGUAUUAAAGAAGCAAGUUAGCUCCCUGACAAUGCAUCAGACAAAACUCGAAGCUGAACUGCAACAAAUGGAAGAGAAAUUCGAGACAAAAAAACGCAAAAUGAUUGAAUCGAGUGAUACAUUUCAGGAAGAACUGAAAAGGCACUGCAAACCAGCUGUGGAUGAGGAGACUUUCCAAAAGAUGGUUCAAAAAAUGUACGAAGAAAUGCGUAAAGAACGCCAAAAAUGUGCCGAUGAUGCACCAAAUAUGUCUCUCAAUCCAAUGCUAAAUAAGCCACCUCCCGUGCGUCCUGAUGAUCCAAAACUUUUUGCUCCCCCUCAAAUGAACAGUCCUGUUCAAAUUCCAUCUAAACAAGGCAUAACUAGUGCUGAAAGUACCAAAAUGGAACCUGAGCCUAUGGAAAUAGAACCCACUUUGAAACCAUCUGUACCACCACCGGCCAGCAAACCAGAUAAACCAAAACCUGUUCCGACCAAAGAACCUGGAUCGGAAAGUCCCAAAAAGGCAGCGGCAAAUGCACGUAAGAAUGAGCCUUGGGGAGAGAGACCUCCUUUAGAGUCACAAUUAACACCGCCACCUCCGCAAUUACCGGCUCCCAAAGAACCAAUAGCUGAACCAACAGCAGGUGGCGCUCCAGGUGGUGCCCCAGUACCUCAAAAUGUCAGUUUAAGUCCAAGCUUGAAUAUGCGUCCUCCUUCUACAACUCCCCAACCACCUCCAAUUCAACCCCAACAACAAAACUCUCCCAUGCCACAUGGUCUACCACCACAGGUACCACAUACUGCUCCGCCGCAGUUGCCUCCUGUGCCACAACCACCAAGCACAGAACCCUCUACCGCUCCGCAACCACCACAACAACCACAACAACCGCAACAACCACAACCACCGGCACCACAACCACCAACAAGUGUGCAACAAACUUCGGCGGCAAUUCAAUCCCAUCAUCCACCACCGCCGCCGCAGCAUCACCUCCCACCUCACAUGGCUGGGCAUCCGUCUUUGCCGGGACACCCUAGCAUGCCCCAAUCUGGUUAUGGUGGCUAUGCACCCACUGGGGGACCUCACAGGUCGCCUUACUACCCGCCUCAAUAUGGUGGCCAUCCUCCUCAAGCAUACGGUCAAUAUCCUCCGUAUCCUUAUCAUCAGCAAUACGGACCUCCUCCGCCACCUUCGCAUUAUAUGAGCCCCCGUCCGCCACAUGGGCCACCACUUCAUUACCAAGAUCAUUCCUCUUCUCCGGGGCAACAGCAACCUCAUGGGCCGCAUGAAGGUCAUCAUCCAGGCUAUACACCUGCUCAAUUAAAUGCUACUCCUCCAAUGCAACAACAACAACAGCAGCAACAACAACAAAGUUCUUCAUCUUCAAUGCCCCCAGGAGCUCCACCUUCUGAAGGUGCUAAACGUGAAAUGGAUACCGAUGCUGAAAAAAAAGAUUCUGAAUAAUUUGGUAUGGGUUAAGAUUCAAUUUAUUUUUAGGUUGAGAUUUUCGAAAAUGAUUUUAGGAUUGUUUUAUUUUAAUCAAAAAUUAUGUACAUUUUAACUAAAAGAUGAAGAUCAUACCAUAGUCCUAUAGAUUUUGUUGCAUUCUAAUCAAAUAAAUAUUCACUAAGAUACAUUUUUGGUAAUACAAA